AUGAUCGAGCAACACAAGCGAAAGGGCCCGGAGUUGCCGCUGGUGCCCCUCAAGCGGCCCCGGCAUGAGCUGCUGUUGGGAGCGGCCGGACCAGGGGCUGGGGCCGGGCCUGCUGCGGGCCAGCAGCCGCCGCCGGGGGCCCUGCUACAAGCAGGUCCUCCACGGUGUUCCUCUCUUCAGGCUCCUAUCAUGCUGCUCUCGGGACACGAAGGGGAAGUAUACUGUAGCAAGUUCCACCCUAAUGGAUCCACCCUAGCAUCUGCAGGAUUUGACCGGCUCAUCUUGCUGUGGAAUGUGUAUGGUGAUUGUGAUAACUAUGCCACCCUGAAAGGACACAGUGGGGCAGUCAUGGAGUUGCAUUAUAAUACAGACGGGAGUAUGCUCUUCUCAGCUUCCACAGAUAAGACUGUUGCUGUGUGGGAUAGUGAGACUGGAGAGAGAAUUAAGAGGCUGAAGGGGCACACUUCCUUUGUGAAUUCCUGUUACCCUGCCCGGAGGGGCCCCCAGCUAGUCUGCACUGGCAGCGAUGAUGGCACAGUUAAGCUUUGGGAUAUCCGGAAGAAAGCAGCUGUCCAGACAUUUCAGAAUACCUACCAGGUAUUGACUGUGACCUUCAAUGACACUAGUGAUCAGAUUAUCUCUGGUGGCAUUGACAACGAUAUCAAGGUCUGGGACUUGCGCCAGAACAAACUGACAUACACCAUGAGGGGCCAUGCCGACUCUGUGACAGGCCUGAGUCUAAGUUCCGAAGGGUCUUACCUGCUCUCCAACGCAAUGGACAACACAGUUCGGAUCUGGGAUGUCCGGCCUUUUGCCCCCAAAGAGAGGUGUGUGAAGAUAUUUCAGGGAAAUGUGCAUAACUUUGAGAAGAAUCUCCUGAGGUGUUCCUGGUCACCUGAUGGAAGCAAAAUUGCAGCCGGAUCAGCUGACAGGUUUGUGUAUGUGUGGGAUACUACAAGCAGGAGGAUCCUUUACAAGCUGCCUGGCCAUGCUGGCUCAGUCAAUGAAGUGGCCUUCCACCCAGAUGAACCCAUCAUUCUCUCUGCAUCCAGUGACAAAAGACUUUAUAUGGGAGAGAUCCAGUGAAGAUUUGAAGUGGAAGAUUCAGAGUUAUUUGUCCUUGAGACCUGGAUUUGCAUAAAUGGGAUUUAAUUGAAUGGCAUUGGGCACUGGGUUCUCCCUUCAGAUAAAGACCGUUACUAACCAAAGGUGGAGGAUGAGUUUGCUUUCUAAGAUAGCUGUAUUUCCAAGGUGAUAUUUAUCCCAUCCUGACCAGGGUAAUAUAAGCAACCUCCACUUACCUCCAGAAACCAGACAUCGAAUUUCCUCAGUUUAUUUCUCCAAAAAAACAAGACUUCUUCUAAGGAACCAGCAUUGGAUUAAUGUGUAUUUCCCAAUGCAAGCAGAAGGUUGGGACAGGAAAUUUGAACAAAAUAUGUUAGCUUUUUGUUUUGUUUUAUUUUUUGAUUCAGUAACUGGCUUGUAUGAUAUUUUCUGUCAACGUUUCUCUGAGUCAUUUUCUAUGAAAAGCUGAAUGAAUAGAUAACCUUUUUACAAGA